UCGAAGCAAUUGAAUUGUAAGAAUAACGAGCUGCGAGCACUGGCUUAUCGAUAUCGUACACUUCGCAUACGCACAGAACGACCGAUGCUUCGGAGAAGUUACAGCAGGAGCGAAUGUUGUCAAUUGAACAACACGUUAUGCGGUAGCUGUGCGUAACAGUACUGCAGUGAAAUGCAGCUAGCUAUGUUCGGGCUGUUUUUUGGAACUUGCUUGUAGUUGAAGAGUUUUACGCUUUUGCGACAGCUUGGCGAAAGUAAAUUCCCAUAAACCUUUUUACCGAGCUUUUCAUGACCAGUAUCCUUAUAUAUGCGGCAGGAAAACGCCACUCGCAAUACAGUCUUAACAAACACAGUCGCUUUUUCGGCAGCGUUGGGUGGGAUCAAAACAUUAAAGGUCAUAUAAAGGUCAGGCUGCAGAAUACGUUGGUGUGGUAUGGAAUACCACAAAAUUCGGUAUAGGAUGUACAUACCCUGGUGUUCGAAUUCCGGGAGCUGAUACCAGCUCUGCAGUACGAAUUCAUGGCCGGCUUAUUUGCGUAAUAGGACUUCUAUUAGGUUUUCCUGCCCAAACUUUUGGCCUAAAUUAAAGAAAUCGCCCGGAUUGCGAUCCAGGCUGAUAUUGCGAUUAAAAGUGUUUUUCCGAAUAGUUACGAAGGUAGUUAAGCAGCAAAAUAAAUUUCUGUAUGUAAGAAGUAACUUACGUACAUAGUGAGCCAACUAUGAAAACUACUUAGUAAAACCAAAAAACUGUAGUUCUUACUACGUAUAAUAAUACAAUAUGCGUUCCAGCGAAGCGUAAACAGUCGAAUCUAAUCCAGCCAGUAUGCUGCUAAUAUAACUGGUACACAGAAUGCGGUAGCAUUUUUUCCAGCAAUAUUUCACUGAAAUGGUAAAGCGAUUCUUCUUCAGAAGUUUUAACAAAUGGAUCUAUAUGGACUACUUUCUCACUGCAGUAAUUUCCUUUUUUUGUAGCUGCGCGAAUAUAUUCCAGCAAUGUGUGUACUUCAUCAAACAUAUUGUACACGCGAUUGUAAACUACCCACACUAGCCUAAAUACCUGAUCUACAGAACUUUUCGUAACAAAAGUCCCAAAAUGUUUGGCUUUUUUUGCCCUUAAAAUUUUUUCUUUUUUUCACCCUUCAUAUAGUAGGCUUUCAUAUGUACUCGUAUGAUGAUUUAAGCUUUUCGGAAGGAGAAUAAAAAAUAUUACACACUACAGAGUACGUUACAAACGGGAAUAUCAUAUUUUCUGCAGUUACUCCUCAUGCGGCUCAUCGUGUGCUUGUCAUUUUUUCCGUAAACACGUGAACAUUUUGCUUGAUGUUCUUUAAUUAAAUUCCCAGUAAUGACUUUGCCACGUCUGUCUGCAUCAAACUGGAACUGGAAUUACUGUAGUACCAACAGAAUGAUUAGCGUUUAAACUAGCAUUUCUGUUUUUGUAACAGUUAUAAAUUAAGGACGACUGCGGACGACAUCGCUGCGUGCAUGUUUGAUGUCGCUAAAACUGCAGUCGACUUUUUACCGGAGGAGUGAUAAAAAACGAAAAAAAUUGGUUUGAAAUUUUUUAUUUGGGAGCUCCAAAACAUUGGUUUCUUGACGCUGUAUUCUGCUGUCUUGCAAAAGGUCAAGAAUUGUACGAGUAUUAUGAGGUUUGAUGGAAACGCAGAAGUUAAUUUAAGAACCCAGAAGUAUGAAAACUUGUUAAAAUUGACAAAAGGGUCUUUCAAAGCUACCCCAAACCAAAACCAGCCAAGGCCAGACGUAAACGUUUGCCUCCUUUAGCAUACACUGCCAUAUAUUUUAGUUGGGUUACGUAAGUAGUUUAUGAAGUCCUUACUAAAGGUCGAUACUAAAAAAAAUUGCAGAAUAUAGACUGCUAAUAAUUAUGCAUUUGCUUGUAAUAUUAUUGGUAAGUUUUCGUUUUUCUAGAAUGUUUCGUCAGCCAGAUAAAAAAUACACUGAAUCAAAAUGGCUUGCUUUGGCUCUUGCUACCUGGCCAUGGGUCUUCCUUGGGAAUUGAUGCGGCCGAGUACUCGGAUACUUACAGUACUUGUAGGUGGUAACGUUUAGGUGGUCGGCGAGUAACGUUUAAUAUUAAUACUGCCCUGGCGAGCAUCACUGUUGCUACUUGCCACUACAGUCAUGCAACACCCGCAAACAGUUUACCAACUCCUUCAAUACCUUCCACGUGCACCAGAAAUCUGCGUGGAUGCUCUGACCGUAGAUGAUCUUGUUGCAUUGCGAGUAUCAACCGUGUAUACUCGAGGUCACCACCACAACGUCAUGCUUUUCAGGCCAACACUGUACAGAUAUAUCUGUUACUUAAGUUGUUAAUUCUGGCGUGCCGCCUGAAACGUUUAUGAUGCUUAAAUCUGCCUAGCAAAACGCAUAGUUACUGGUUACGAGGAACUUUUCUAUAUGGUUUGUGCAUUAAUUAAGAACACUGAAAUAAUUCCUAUCUGUUGACUUAAAACUGAUCCGUAUUUAUUACUCGAUAUGUGCCAGGCGUUUUGGUUGUGCUGACCGUCGUGGCACAUUGUGAUGAAGAAUCAUAAAAUGUAUGAAAUCUUACCAUUAAACUUAUAUAAACAUAAAUUUGUAACAAAUUUCAUAGAGUUCGAAUUGAUAAUGUGACCUUUGAACCGAUUUUAACUGUUAUAGGACUGCAUUAUUAUAAUUCUCUAAUAUUGCUGUUGUGGAAGCACUGCACUAUGCACGUAUAUCGUGACACUUUUAUAGUAUGUUCUAAAAUUUUUUGAGUUUCUGGACUUGAUUUGCAGCAGCCCCGACCCAUCAAACCAUAGAAUCAUUCCGUACCAUACCUUUGGCAACGAAAGUUAUAACGAUCAGCUGCAAGAUUAACAUUAACAUUGUUUUCGUAACUUUUCACCAUAGUAAAAAAACAUUGUUUUCUUAGCUGAUGGUAUUUAGCGUAUUGUUUUAAAAUUUAAAAACAACAACAACGACGACUUGUUUGUAAAUUGGGCACAACAACCAUGCGUGUAUUAUACUGUAUUACAUUAUCGAUCCUAUGCUUGCGAGUUGCGAUACGCUCGUGAGUUCAGCUAUUAUAUGAAUUAAAUGGACUUCUUAACAUGGAACGUCUCUUCUAAAAUGUCUAUCGCUAUCGUUUCAUCGCCUAUCGCUGAAAUCAUUUUUUAUCAAAUUCAACAACUUUUUAAGACUUUUGAGCGAAUGUUGUAAAUAUAGGUAGUGCAAUAUCUGACUAUCAUAAAAAAAAUCUGACUAUCAUAAAAAAUGUGUGCCAUGAGGUCAAAACAUUUCCGUUCUAAAAUCGUAUGAGCGCGCUAUUUUGUAACACAUUUAUCGGAUUUGUAAAAUUAGUUUUUUACGAUUCUGAUUGGCAUUUAUAGAGAACAGCUCCAAGGCGCAGUUAUUUGGAAAACACUGUCGCAGAAUAUGGCGAAAAUUUUCAUAUCGAAGGAAUCGAAAGGUCGAAUUCGAAAGCUAGGCUACUGUUUAAUACUCGUACAAUUCCCUAAAUACUCUCAGCAUGUACCAGUUACACAAAUGUUUUUGUUAAUACGAUUUGUAAAAUUGACUGUAAUGAUUACUGGUUAAUAGCUAGAUAUAAUCGGCGCUUCUACUUGUACUUGCAAGUUGAUAUAUAUAGUCGACGCCAAAAAUAUAAUCUUACAUAGAGUUAACGUUGUCCGUGCUACUUUCACACACACACGUGUUGUAACAUCUGUUCGUUCAGUGCACAAUUAGGACUUCCUAAAUUUUUUAAAUAAAACAUUUUCUAGCGUUUGCUUUUGUAAACGUACAUUCUCACGCAUGUUCAAUAUUCUGUAUAAUCUGCGAAGGUAUUUAAGCGAAAGCAAUAAAUUUACUUAAUUGUUAUUCGUUAUCGAUCACAUAGCUAUUUCUAAAACUUAUCAAUCGUGAAAUCAUGGUUAAUUAACUAUGUAGUAAAUUAAUUAAGCUUUAGUUUCCUGCAGUGUUGUAGUAAUAUUACUUAUAUACAGUUUCCAUAAGCAGGCAGUAUCUUUGUUGAUAUGAAAAUGGCCAGAGAUCUUGUGUUUGCUCGAGUGUGAUUAUCGACCGAAUGAGCGGUGCCACCACAAGUGUUAUAUCUGUACGAGUACAUUUCAUUACGUACACCCGUACUGCAUGCGCACGUUGGUUAUGUUUCCAUACUAUCAAAGACGUCAUUCACUUGAGCCAUGAUUAUUUGACUGAAAACGAAGCAUUUCCAGCUCGAAGUGUGCGACCUGUACAUGUGACGGAAAGUUCUAAAAUUCUCGUGAUUUGAUUUUAUAGUGAACCACAUUUGUGGAAUGUGGUGGCGGUCUCCUGUUUGUAUGCCCUUACAGUUACUAGCUGCAACUCUCGGCUGGCUUCCUUGUUCAACAUUGUAGCAUGAAAUUUCACUUAUACCUGUUUGCUCCCGCUUUGAUGUCGUCUUCCGUUAAAAACAGGUUUGCUCAUCAUCAGACGUUUAGAACCUACAUAGUGAUGUUGCCGACGUCUUAUACUUAGCCAUUGUGACUAUUGUCCUUUCGCACCUUGCCCGUAAGAUGGCUACUUCACAUAUUAAACUGAAUCAUAACCGGAGUAUUAUACACAAGUGCAAAGGCUAGCGAAAUUUCAUCAGUUCUUCUGUGAUGCUGCCGUGUGAAAUGUCCACAUUCAACGGGAGUCACAUUCAACAUUCAACCAUCAGGAUCUUGGUUCCGAUUUCUGUAUUGAAUGAUGCCGCAUAGAGGCAUAAAGGUUUUGGACAAACGCUCCGCAGUUUAACUCGCAGCAGCUAAUGCGCUCCCGACUCAACCACAAUCCUCCUCGUCGUAUAAAAAACGGUCUGUUAUGGCUCGCCGAGAGCGGGAUGCUCGCCGCGAAGCCAGCUUAAACGCAUCUGCCAAAAUGCAACUGAUUCUGACCCGACCAGACGAUGCCAAUGUGUCUAUUGAUAACGCGCUACCGUCUCCACGCUUAUCCUCUCAAGGGAAAGACCUACCCAAGCACGUCAAUGGAAGACGUUCCACGCCUGACGAAACGCAGGAAGUCUGUAUCAAUUCAGUGCCGACAAUUGUCGUCGAUGAUCCGGUUUCGCGUACGAUCGACGAAGUGAUUGCUCGCUCUGUACAGCUGGUUGACCGGCUCGCCGAGCCGGUUGCACCAGCGGUCAGUCCGGCGAUUCCAUUGGUUAAUGGUAAUCGUCGCAAGCAGGCAAGUCCGCGGCAGCGGUACGCCGCCAUGGCUCCCAAAGUUAUGCCAUCUGUGAUACCUGCCAUGCCUUCCACUGGAGCGGCAAUUUCUCCUACGAGGAAAUCCAAAUCGAAAUCACCGCUGAUAGCCAACGGUCCUCAGAUUGUUCUGCCGGAAAUUACAAGUCCAUCAGCUUCCGGUCACCUACGUGGUCCUUUGUCUAGUGACGCAACUAAUGAUCUUGACGCGCUAGCGGAUUCCAAUCCUUGCGCCGCCAUCAACGGUGUGACAGCAGCGUAUCUACCGCUAAAUGUCGUCACAUCCGGGAAGAGCGGGCACGCACACGCUCUGACUGUAAUAAAAACAAAUGAGCGUGAUGAUUCACCUACACGGUAUUUCCUUGCUGUUCCUGACAGUUCAGACGGUAUGAUGGAAGCUCCUGUUCAUGCGACAACCUCGUCGCCUGUUGCGACCAGGAAGAACAGCCCUGCUGGCCGUGCCGUUGACAAUGCGAAACGGAAACGCUCAACAUCGCGUACACCAACUAAUCCUGCACCAGUUCGGAAAGAAAAAUUAGCCAACCUGCUGAAGAAACGAAAACCACCGCCCACACCGGAAUCACCGGUUGCCACCCCGUCCAGUUCCAGUCGAUCCGCCGGCGCAAAUGGCGGGUCGCGCUCUCUGACCCAAAAGAAGCUACGGAUGCGCAACGGUACGGCCGUUGAGGAAGAACGACCAGCUACACGCCGGCGGAAACUGGACACGAUUAUUGCCAAAAAAGGGGAGCGGACUGUGUGGUCAUGGCGGGGUCGAUCCUUCGAGAAAACAGUUUAUUCAGAGGCUCAUAAGUGCAACAUUCAACGAACAUGCUAUCACGCCGUCAAGCAUUACGAAGGAGAAGUAAUUAAAGUUGGUGAUUGCGUACACCUGCGCGCGGGAAAAGGUCAGAAGCCACACGUUGGUAAAAUUGCAGCCUUUUGGGAUGACGAGAAAGGGGACAUGAUGAUGACGAUUUUCUGGUACUGGCGACCGGAAGAAGUGGAAACCAAUAUGCGACCAAAUCAUGGAGAGAUGGAAGUUUAUGUAUCCAACCUUCGCGAUGAAAACCAUGUUGGAUGCAUUGAUGAGAAGUGUUAUGUCUUGACUCUUCAUCAGUAUGCAUGUUUCCUUGCACAACAGAAAGAAGACAGCCUUCUCUACCGGCGACCAAAGGAACGAAUCGUGCCGGAGACAAAAUCCUUACUAUUAGACGAUCUGCCUGAUGAUGAUACUGAUCUGGAUUUAGUUUAUUUUGCCGAUAAAGGCUAUGAUGGGAAGCACAAACGAUUCUGGCGGUAUUAUUUCCGGGGCAAUCGCCUUCGAAAGUUCGUCAGCGAUAGUUUUAGCUGAAACGGACGAAUUCCUCAUGGACAUCCUUGAAUGCUUGUGCAAAUUCUUUAUGUGAUUCUCAGUUGUGGGAAGACUGCCGUUUCAUUCUUCAUAAACCAGCGCAGUCCAACCGGUGUGAUACGCUUUCAACUUUCGCAAGAAUGGUUCGUCGCCUGAUCUUGCUAAACCUGGAAUGGAGUCGUAGUUACUGUGCCGCUAGAGUUUACCUGUUUGGAAUGUCCUUUUAGCUUUUAUUUGACGAUUUGAACUUUUUUUGCACAUAUUCGUGAUAAGGUAAAUAAAUUUUAUUGUUGACUUCAGUCUCCAGUUUUCCGGGUCAAAACAAAGAUAUGGAAAAUAAAGCGCAAAUUUACA